AUGAAAUUUGAGUGCAUUGUUCUUGCAUGGAGUGAGGAGAAGAGCUCUCCCUUGCGAGUCCAUCACUCGGCGGCCCCCAAGGCUAUCAUCGGUGCAGUCGCGGGUGGCCUUGGUGGAGGUGCUAUCUCUGGGGGCAUUGUCGCAGGCGCCAAGGACCGCCGUGACCUGCCUUCUGGUGUUUCCCAGGAAUCUAUGGACCAUCCAGCUGCUCGUGCCGACAAUGUUCCGCUAGCCUGUAUGAACCUUGCUACUGUUCUUCUCGACAAGCCUGCCCAGGCAGGUGGCCCUGUUCCCGUUCCCAUGGGAAGCGCUAGCCUCGAGUACCAUGGUCUUAGCGCUCAAGACAAGAAGGACCUUCAGGCUGCUCUGUCUAGUUAA